AUGGGAAAGCCCAGACCGCAAAAGAAAAAGUCAUCCAAACCCCGCGCAAAGUCCGUCCUUGGCCCUGGUGGCUCAAUUUCGAAAGGCAAAAUGGCUCAAGAUCCCUCUACCUUGCUUGACCAGGCUACCAUCCUCCUACAAACUGGUCGAGCCGAUGAGGCACUUGUGCUUGCGCAGCAGGCUCUAGAAUUGACUCCUGAGAACACCACAGCACAACUCCCCGCCAUUAACUUGCUUGGAGAAAUCAACGUUGAACUAGGCGAUAUUGACACCGCCAGAAACUGCUUCCUUCAGGCUGUUCAACUCGAUCAGGAUGGUUCGAUACCGGAAUCCCAGGGCGGAGGUGCUGAGAAGUUCCUCUGGCUCGCACAAUUGAGCGAGCAAGGUGGAAAGGACAGCGUCCUUUGGUUCGAGAUGGGUGUCGCUUCCCUUAGACAGGCUAUUCAGGCUCUAGAAGGGAAGAAGUCACCGGAAGAGAUCGCCGAUAUUACACAGAAGAAGGCCAAGAUGUCCAACGCACUCUGCGCUGUUGCCGAGACCUACAUGACUGACCUUUCCUGGGAAGAGGAUGCCGAAGCUCGGUGCGAGGCACUCAUUACAGAAGCUCUCCUUGUCACACCCGAAGCGCCAGAGGUACUACAGACCCUCGCCUCCAUUCGGAUAUCGCAACUUCGCACUGAAGAUGCCCAAGCCGCACUCACUCGGAGUAUGAGCUUCUGGAAGGAUUUGGCUCCAGAGGAUCCCAAAAUUCCCGAUUUCGCACUACGUAUCAGCCUUGCGCGACUCCUGAUGGAAGUGGCUAUGGAAUUCGAGGCUCUGGAAGUCCUCGAGCGCUUGAUUCUCGAGGAUGAUCAAAGUGUGGAGGCGUGGUAUCUUGGAGGAUGGUGUCUCUUCUUGUUGGCCGAAAAGCAACAGGCGCCAAAGGACGCGACCGCUGACGAGCUUGCGGAGUCCCCGCGACAUGCAUCACUAGAGGCUAGUCGUGAAUGGCUCAAGCAAGCCCUGAAGCUCUACGAUGUGCUUCAGUAUGAGGACGAACGGCUCCGCGAUCAUGCCUUGGAGCUUGUACAGGAAAUGAACCAAGAAAUUGGAGAGGAUGAUGAGAGUGAAGCUGAGGGAGAAGGAGAAGGCGAUGAUUCGGAUUUGGAGAUCGAAGUUGACUCCGACGAUGAGAUGGCGGAUUCAUGA